GUGUGUGGGUGUGAGUGAGUGAGUGUGUGUUGGUGUAUGGGUGAGUGUGUGGUUAUAAAAACUCUUCCUGGUUCACUUCUUAUCUUCGUCUUUACUUUGACUUUAUCCCCCUGCUCCUCCAUGUUGAAACCUCGUCAUAUUAACUUGUUAACCGGUUAGUAGCCUGAGGGCUCAGCCUGCUGCUAGUUAACCAACAGUAACUCAUCGCUAAGUUAGCCUUUGAGUCUUAGCGGUGGCUCUCCUGCCUCUAACAGGAUGUUUGCAUCCUGCUGUAACUGGCUCUGCAUGGACUCCACUGACGUGGACGCGUCACAAGACAGAAGACAUCAGUCCUACACCAACUCUGCCUUCAGCUCCCAGCCGUCUCCUCCUCCGCCUGAACAUACCUGUAAGGCCUGUGGUGGCGCCUUCGACACAAACGCCAGGAAGCAUGUGUGUGUGGACUGUAAGAAGAACUACUGCAGCCAUUGCUCCGCCCAGCAGGGGCUGCGGCCCCGCCUCUGUCACACCUGUCAGCGUUUCUAUGGGAACCUGCUGGAGCGGGCGGAGCUGAUGAAGCUGAAGGUGAAGGAGCUGAGGGACUACCUGCACCUGCAUGAGGUCUCCACUCACCUGUGCAGAGAGAAGGAGGAGCUGGUGGAGCUGGUCCUGAGUCAGCAGUCCUCACCGUCCGGUAGCUCCGGCCCCGACAUCCAGAUAUCUGACCUUCCCACCGUGACCUCUGACCCUGCUGACCAGGCGCCUCGGAUCUCGGUCUCUGACACGUCUUCUGAUGGAUCGAUCCCUUCCCCGCCCACUCCAGAGCCUGAAGCCCCGCCCCCAACUUCAGACACCGCCCAGUCUGACCCUGAGCUGGAGGAGGAUGACCCGGCCUGGGACGCGGAGGAGGCCCCCGUCUCCGGGCGCAGGGCCUCGCUGUCGGACCUGAACUGCGUUGACGACAUCGAGGAGCUCAGCGUCCGGCAGCUGAAGGAGAUUCUGGCCCGGAACUUUGUGGACUACAAAGGCUGCUGUGAGAAGUGGGAGCUGAUGGAGAGGGUGACCCGGCUGUACCAGGACCAGCAGAACCUGCUGGCGGCCAACUUUGUGAAUGCUACUGGUGGCGGUGGCGGGCCGGCGCCGGGCGUGGAGGAGAACCUCUGUAAGAUCUGCAUGGACUCUCCCAUCGACUGCGUCCUUCUGGAGUGCGGUCACAUGGUCACUUGCACCAAGUGCGGGAAGCGGAUGAGCGAGUGUCCCAUCUGCCGGCAGUAUGUCAUCCGCGCCGUGCACGUCUUCCGGUCCUGAACCGGUACCGGUCUUCAUCUCUUCCUCCGCAGAACCAAGCGCCUUUUAAAACAAUAAAUCAGAGCCAGUUCCUCCCGAAGAGA